GGGGGGGCGGAGUUAACUCUGGCUCUAGGUCUCAACUCCAUCAAUACCACCAGAAUCCGUGCCGCGACGCUACCGACGCGCUCGUGUUCCGGUUCUCUGUCUCAUGAUGCUGUGGGUUAUAAUUCUCCCGGCGCUGACCGCCGCUACUGUCACGCGCGCCCCACGCUCCUGCGGGCCCUGUGACCCGAGCUCGUGCGCCGCGCUGCCCUCUACGGGCUGUGCGUUCCGGGUGAUGGACGCGUGUGGCUGCUGCGAGCUGUGCGCCGCCGGACCGGGAGAGCCGUGCGGGGCGCGCGGUGCUGCGGUUACACGGUGCGCGAGCGGUCUCGAGUGCGUUAAAGCCCAGGAGGACAAGAAAAAGCUGAAGAAGAAGACCGAGCCGGGAGUGUGCGUGUGCAAAAACGGUAACUACGAGGUGUGCGGCUCGGACGGUGUGGAGUACAGGAGUGUGUGUGAGCUGCGAGCGGCCAGUGCGUCCGCCGAGCGUCAGGGCAAAACCGGCAUUAAAGUCCACAACAAGGGCAAGUGUACCAAAGCUCCUGUGAUUGUUACGGGUCCGGGUGAGGUCUGGAACGUCACCGGUGCUCAGGUAUUCCUCAGCUGCGAGGCCAUCGGCGUCCCCACCCCGGUGCUCACCUGGAGGAAGAUCACAGACAAUAACAAGAAGUCUCAGCUGCUCCCAGGAGACCAAGACAACCUCGCCAUCCAGAUGAGGGGAGGCCCCGAGAAGCAUGAGGUCACCGGAUGGGUGCUGAUCUUUCCACUGACCAAGGAUACAGCAGGCAUGUACGAGUGUCAUGUCAAUAAUGCCAUGGGUGAAGCCUCAGCCACAGGCACCAUCCACGUGGUUGACUCAGUCAAGGACAUUCCCUCCAAAAAGGUGGUCCUGGAUGAUAAGCUGUAAGAAGGGUGUGUGUUCACCCCUGACACCACCACAUCCUGCAACAUCAGGACUGGGAUCAGACACAGAACAUCUUUACACUACUUUAACACACACACACACACACACACACUCACUCACUCACUCACACACACACACACACACACACACACACACACACACACACACACACACACACACACACACACACACACACACACACACACACACACACACACACACACACACACACACACACACACACACACACACACACACACACACACACACACACACACACACACACUCACUCACUCACUCACUCACUCACACACACA